AUGCCGUCCAUUCCUGUUCCUUCGCGCUCUGUACAACGAGCAAUUGCCAAUCAAUUCGGUCGGUCUCCAAUUUCUCGUCUGGCUCAUUGCCCGUCUCUGCAGAAUCGUCGAGUCAUCGCGAAUAAAAAUAAUAUCCUUGCCCCCACCAUCCCCCACCAAAUAAUUUCUCCCCGCCGCACUCGUCAGUUUUCCUCCUCCCAUCGCUCCGCCGAAUCAAGCACAAUGGGGAAAGAAAAGGGUACCAACUUCAACCUCAAGACCCCGAAGGGCACCAAGGAUUGGUCCGGGUCCGAUGCCCUCCUCCGAGACCGCAUUUUCACCACCAUCUCGAACGUCUUCAAGCGCCACGGCGGUAGCGCACUGGACACCCCCGUCUUCGAGCUGCGCGAGAUCCUGGCCGGCAAAUAUGGCGAGGACUCGAAGCUCAUCUACGAUCUGAAGGACCAGGGUGGCGAGAUCUGCUCGCUGCGCUACGACCUGACAGUGCCGUUCGCGCGCUGGCUCGCCAUGAACCCCGAGGUCCGCAGCAUCAAGCGUUACCACAUCGCCAAGGUCUACCGUCGUGACCAGCCCGCCAUCAACAAGGGCCGCAUGCGUGAGUUCUACCAGUGCGACUUCGAUAUCGCCGGUACCUUCGACGCCAUGGUGCCCGAUGCCGAGAUCCUGCGCAUCGUCAGCGAGGUCUUUGAGGAGCUGGGCUGGAGCGGUCGCUACACCAUCAAGCUCAACCACCGCAAGAUCUUAGAUGGUGUCUUUGCCGUCUGUGGUGUGCCCGAGGACAAGCUCCGGCCGAUCUCUAGUGCCGUCGAUAAGUUGGACAAGAUGCCGUGGGCGGACGUGCGUAAGGAAAUGGUCGACGAGAAGGGUCUUGACCCUGAGGUUGCGGAUCGUAUUGAGAAAUACGUUAUGAACAAGGGCUCGCGGGAGCUCCUCGACACUCUCCUGGAGGAUGAGACCCUCACUGCUAAUGCCUCCGCCAAGGCCGGCCUCGAGGAAAUGGCAUUGAUGAUGGACUAUCUCAAGGCAUUUAACGUGCUAGACAAGGUCUCCUUCGAUAUGUCCCUUGCCCGUGGUCUGGACUACUACACCGGUGUCAUCUACGAGGUUGUCACCGAGGGUUCGGCCGGUGUGCAGGCCGACGCCCCAGAGGCACAGAAGGCCGAGAGGUCCGGCAAGAAGAGCAAGUCCAAGCAGCCCACCGAGGACGACGACCGAUCCAACGACCCCACCCUCGGCGUUGGCAGUGUCGCAGCCGGCGGCCGCUACGAUAACCUAGUCGGCAUGUUCCAGCCCAAGGCACAGAUCCCCUGUGUCGGCAUCUCAUUCGGUGUCGACCGUAUCUUCUCCAUUACCAAGGCACGCAUCGAGCGCGAGCAGAGGUCCGAUGCCCUUCGCAGCAGCGAGGUCGACGCUUACAUCAUGGCCUUCGGCGGCAAGGGCUUCGGCGGCUUGUUGAAGGAGCGCAUGGAAAUCUGCCAGAAGCUGUGGAGUGCUGGCAUCAAGGCCGAGUUCUCCUAUAAGGUAAAACCCAAACUGCCCCAGCAGUUCAAGGCCGCCGAACAAGGCGCCAUCCCCUUCGGCAUCAUCCUCGGCGAGGACGAGAUGGCCGCCGGCAAGUGCCGCAUCAAGGAGAUGGGUCUGCCCGAAGGACACCCGGAGAAGGAGGGUGUCGAGGUUGAAAUCACCUCCCUGAUUUCCGAGCUGCGUGACCGUCUUGCGAAGAAGAACCACGGUAUUGUCUCAUCUCUGGCGCAGCAGCUGCAGGGCACCAUUGUUUAA